UUCAUUUGGAAUGCGGAAUAUUAUCGCAUUGGCGUCCGGUCAGUGACAAACGUUUCCACAUAUUUGCAUAUAUUUCCGAACGGUGAACAGAGUCAGUCCCGGUUGUUUGGAAAGCUGGUUGGUACAGUAUCACGUCUGCCGAUACAGGAACGACAACAUGACAUCUAAAAAAACUGGUUUGGCUUUUUCUGGUGGUGGCAUUCGGUCAGCGGCACUAUGCUCUGGAGUCCUGCGCAGGCUGCUAAAGGAUAACGCAAAAGUAGACUACCUGAGCUGCGUGUCAGGGGGUGGUUACACAGGCACAUCCUUUCUGGAUUGGAAAUACAGAAAAGAGAAGAAAACAGAGGACAGCGAAGAAUGGCAUGAAGAGUUCUUUGACAACAUGCGACAAAGAGCAGGUUACUUUUGUAACUGGGAGAAGCCACGUCAAGGAAUCGUUGAUACAAUUGUUAUGAUCCUCCUCGUACUCACUGUCACCUUCAUUGAACCGAUUGUCAUAUAUGGAUCAUACGCAUUUCCACUUGCCUUCAUCAUCGAUUACCUUUUCGGAAAGUUACUUCGAGCCAAAAUGGAUUGUGAUCAGUUUGCACCAACCCGUACUCCAUGUCCAGAAAGCGUAAUUUUCUCUAAGAUUUCCCUGUUUACGGUUCUGGUCAUGUCAUUUGUCAUCUCCUACAUUCUGUCGCAAUGGUUACCUAGAAGGAAGUCUAAAUAUUUCAGACUUUUCUCAAUAAUUUCCUUCUUACUUCUUUCUCUUACUUUCCUCCCAUUUGCAAUCCACGAUUUUUUCAUUGAAAUCCCCCUGUGGAGUCGAGCGAUCAUUGUAGUAAUUGGUGUGGUUCUAUGGUUCCUCCUACCUCUGUUGCGGGACAAAACGUCCUACGGCAUUCUUAUCUAUCUCUAUCCUUACAUCAUCUAUUGGAAAGUGUACAAAGCCAAGAUUAUUGGUGUUGUGUAUUCUGAUGGGCUGUUUAAUGGGCUGCUUUUUACCUCUGGGUUUAUCAUGUGGUUUGUUCCCUACCUGGCACAAUCAAGGAAGAGGCUCGUCCAUAUCUUCAACAGAUGGAGACUUCAGAAGGCAUUUUACUCAAAGGAAAGUUUAGCUACCAAGGGAUGUCUGGAAAUACUCCAGGAGAUUUUCUGCCCUUUGUGGACAUGUCUGAAGAGAAAACAGAAGCGGGAUUCUGGUCACAGAGAACAGAGAGGUAGCUUUAAUUCUUUGGCGGAUGACAUUGAGCCAGUAAAGAAAAGAUCUUUGAACCUGGCAGAUCUCAGAGGCCUAGAACCUGAAUAUAUAUCAAACAUGACCAUCCACAGCUGGAAGAAAGAGGCAGAUUCUGACACGGAUGAUGAUCUCCUGACAAUGUCGCCUACCACAAUAGAGCGCUUAGAUCGAGGUCCAUCGACUGUCGAUCCAUUCAAGGAUAGGCUGAGGCCUCGAGAUAUAGAGUUGUCAGACGCCAUGGCAACGUCUGCAGCAGCAAUUUCCGGGUACGGUGAUAACCUUAGGGAAUUGCGCGUUGCCACGAUUCUUGGACUCGAAAUGGGAGCCACAGUGAUCAGCAACCUCGAGGCAAUUAAAAAGGAGGGAUGGCUCAUGAAGCUCCUCCCAAUUCUCAUCAACAUUCUCCGUGGUCUUCCAUUGAUCGCUGUACCAGCGGUUUACUAUAGAGGAGGACAUGUGUGGUCAAUUAAAGCAGGAGUAUUCACAUUCUUUGCAAUUCACCUCAUGUUGGCUUGUAUUGGAGCUCUCGCUGAUACAGGAGCUCUGAACCCAAACUUAUGGGAGAAGAUAGCCAGGUGGUUCAUCGUGCACGUUUCCUUUGUGAAGUUCGUGAGAGUAGGCCUUAACAUUGACAACAUCGGACCCAUGCCUCCUCCCAUCAUGCUACUUAGCGAUGGAGGCCACGUGGAAAAUCUUGCUAUUUUGCCAUUGUUAAAGAAGAAACUCAAGAAAAUUAUUGUGGUGGAUGGCAGUUACUAUUCCAAUGAGAAGAAUUAUGGGGAAGAACUACUGAAAGCACUGAUGCUGGCUCGUAGAGACCUGAAUUGUUCGUUUAUUGGCCAGGGCGGUCGUGACGUCAUUUCAGACCUGUUGGAGAAUUUCGUGAAGCUUCAGCAACCAAAUGAAAAAAAACCACGACAUUUCAGAUUUAAUGUUGAAUACUACGAAAACGACCACAAAGUUGGUGAAGGCGAAAUUUUGUUCAUUCGGCCAAGAGAUCCGCGAAAAGGUGAAAGGAGCGAGGUCAAAACCUGGGAAGAGUUUGGUUUCCAUCUGGACGCACGUGACUGGGGGAAUAGUCCAUUUCUGAACGAAGACGAAGUCGACAAGUUGACCUUCUGUUGUUGUGCAUGUUGUAACAAAAAGUCCUAUUUGAGCGGUUUAUCUGAGCUCCUCUGCCACAAGUUCCCGAAUCACAGCACAGCUAAUCAAUUCUUCACGCCUUUAAUGUUCUCCGCCUAUCAUCGUGAAGGCUUCCGAGCAUGCGUUGAAGCGGAAGCUGCUGAAUUUCUCAAGGACAACCACGAUGUCCUUGAGGUGUGACUGUUACUCAACCUAGUGUGAGUAUAUGUGGCCAACCUAUUAAUAACCAAACAUGUACGCAAAAAAAAAAAUUUGGCUUGUCUGUUGAAUACUGAUCGAUUAGGAAUAUUGGAAAUCGUUCCAUAGCAAAUAGAGGUGACUUGUUCAGACAGCAGAAAGAUUUCUUCAUUUCUUUUUUUAUCAUUAUGUGGACUUGAUAUUGUACAACGUUUAAAACAACGUAUUGUACAACGUAUCCUUAACUGUAGUCGUCAAGAAACGCUAAAUAUAAAUUAAAUAUCCUUGUCUUUG